GCUUUAUUAGAGUAGGAUUUUGUUUUUGUUUCUGUGGUGGAUGUGUCAUUUUGGAAUAAAACUCAUUAAAUAGGUGUUGGGGAAAUGGUUUUUAGAAGUGGUGUGCCAGCAACAAGAUGGCCUUAAAGAGGACUAACAGCGCUUUGCUCAUCGCAAGCCAAGCGCUCCUCGUUUAAUGUGCAAAUAAUUCUGUUUUUACCUAAGCUGGAAGCUGAGACCCUAUCACAUCCAGAGGAUAUUCAGUCAAUGUCAUGUUUUCAUUUAUAAUGUACGCUUUGCGAAAAAUGAUCUAAUUACUAAAUGUAUUAAUUUAAUAUCAGUUGAGUCACAGAAGAUGCUAAGAUGGUGGCUUAUCUCUUGGCUGUGGUCAAAGCAAACUGCAAAAGGUCUGACCGAACAGGCUGAUAAUGAGCUGUUUCUUUUAACGUCAUUUCUUUGCCUUGUUUUGAUGACAAACGGUAUUUGUAGAAAUGCACUUGCUGGGAGACAAGAUGUAACUUGGGAAAGGGAGAGAUUGGUAUUCCACAGCCUUAAAGGUUGGGUAUGGGAUUUGCGAAACGCCAGCAGAUUUUGAAAAUACAAAACUCAAAUGGUCCUACCCCCUCUCCUUCAAUGCUGACUCUGACUCCACCCAUUCCAAGUACACGCGCAAUCAUGCACGAGCGAACAGAUGUGCGGGAGCGAGCCAUUAGCUAUUUAGCUAGCUCCAGCAGCUACCACAGGAUAACAACAAACAGAAGCUUGCUCUGGGUCACGAGCUUAGUGUACGUGCACCAAGGGGUCGCGCGGGGAGCGGGGGAGGGGUCGCGGGAGUGCAGGACGACCGUUUGAUUGACGUACUUGCUGUCCAAUGCCACUCGUUGGGUCUGGAAAUCAUUGGCUGGAGUUAUUCGAGUCUUGCCCGUUCCACAAAUGAUUGACUUGUUUAAUUUUCAUGUCAGUACUUCUAACUCAGUGGCUGUAAGUGGGUUGAUAAGGAUUUUCAAGUAAUUUUGCAAAAAUUGCCAAAAAAGAGAAUUCCAUACCCAACCUUUAAGAGAGGAGGGCUAAUAUUUGGGAAGUGAAUUGGAAACCUUUAAAACUUGUGACUGGAGAGCUAAUAAGAUGGUGCUGCAAAGGAGAUAAAACACAUUUCCUUUCAUUUAAGUUGUACAUUAAUAAUAUUGUUACUAUCGAUAGUUUUAACAAAAUGCAAAACUAAAAAAUCUUUUGUAAAGAAAAUAUAUUAAAAGAACUGCUAUUCCAAAGUGAUCCUCCCUUUUGCUUUCUGUCAUUCAAAAGAAAAACAAACAAACCAAAAAGCAAUCUUGAGGUCGACAGAGGGCAGAAGAGGAGUCGUUCAAUGCAAACUGCAACGGACCACCAAUGGGCGUUUCGCAGCCGUCACACGAUUUUUGCACAAGUUACUGGUCGUUCCGUUGGAGCCUCCACCCACUAACCAACAUGUCCAGAGGUCAGAUUACGGAUGGCUUUGAAAGGCCAUCUUCCCUGCUCCAAUGUUUCUUCCUGGUUGGAAUCUGUAUCUUGUGUCUAAAGUAGGGAGCGGAGGACCUUGAUACUGGGAUUAUACACACACACACGGUGUUGCACUGUUCAAACUAGAUAGGUUUUAUGGAGAUCUGCUUUUUAUUAUGUUUCAUUGUCACUUUGAUUAUCACUAUUGUUAUAACCGUACUACUACUUAUCCUAUUAUCAUUACUACUCAUCACUGUUUUGAAUAUUAUUGAUCCAUAACGGGGUUUUCAUGUCACCACCUUGCUCAGAGGAAUAUGGUAAAGGUUUGACCAGUGAUGGUGGCAGCAGCGUUAUGAAUUGUUAGAACUUUGAUUAUUAAGCUUGAUUAAUUUUGUUUUUUCUUUCUACAAUUCAUGUGUUCCCGCCUUUUUGUGUUUGGUCUCCAUACUGCUUUCUUUGUUAUACAGAAAAACAAAUAAAAUCAAUUGACAACGACGGUAGCCUCUCUAAUUGCUAACGUGUUGCAUUGUAGUUGAUUUUGUUUAUCAUUUGUAUCAGCAUUUGAAAAAAAUGGUAUUUGGUGUUCUUUUGUUAAUGAGUGCACUGCAAUAUUUUUUUAGGAUUUCUAAAGUGUGUGUGGGUGCGGGGGAUUGUAAUGUGUGAGUAAUUAUUCAUAUGUUGAGAAUUUGAAGUGAAAUAAAAAUAAGGGAGGCCGACUAUAAAUGAGAGAGCAUGUGGGGAUGCGAAAGUCGAUAGCGUGUCAUUAGUGAUUGACGGGGGUUUCAUCCAAUGAAAAGACGUAGUAGGCAGAGAAACCGGCUACGUUCGGAAAAACCGUCCAACGGCAGUCGGGGAGACUCAAAAGAGGGUGGUCCACUAUCUCACAACGACCAAUAGAAAGGCAAACUUAGGCCUGCAGUGCGACUGGAGCCCGCCCCUGGCCUCCAUUUCUAACGUGCGGCCGCUCUUCACGCGUUCAGUCCUCGCUUUUAAGGUCCUUUUAUACUCGCUAAACUCAAUAAAACGGUGAACUAGGUAAGGCUGCGGACCCGCAGCGCUACGUACCGGUAAACACCGACACGACCGGUUUCAUCUACCGUGGAAUUCAGUUUGGACCGUGAAGCUGCCCUUUACUCCUCUUUUUAACUUUCCGAGCGGCGUUUUCCGCCAUUUGUCUCCGCGCUCCGCCUGCUCCUCUCGUGUGAGCCGGGGCCCGCGAGCCGCUCCUCUCUGAGCCGGGGCCCGAGAGCCGCUCAUCUCCUCUGAGCCGCUCCUCUCGGUGUGAGCCGCUCCUCUGAGCCGCUCUUCUCGGUGUGAGCCGGGGCCUGUGAGCACCGCGGCACAGCGCGAUGGCGGAGUUCGGCAACGGGUUGGCGGAGGAGUCCAUGCUGGACUCGGACCCCAGCCACCCGGAGCUCGAAGACCCGGGAGUCGGGGAUGAGGAGCCGGGGCUGGACGAGGGAGAGUCCGCCAUCGAGGACCCGGAGCUGGAGGCCAUCAAAGCCCGGGUGAGAGAGAUGGAGGAGGAAGCAGAGAAGCUGAAGGAGCUGCAGAACGAGGUGGAGAAACAGAUGAACCUCAGCCCCCCUCCCGCCGGUCCCGUCAUCAUGUCCAUCGAAGAGAAGAUGGAAGCGGACGGCAGGUCGAUCUACGUUGGAAAUGUGGACUACGGGGCCACGGCGGAGGAGCUCGAGGCCCACUUCCACGGGUGUGGGUCCGUCAACAGAGUCACCAUCCUGUGUGACAAGUUCACAGGACAUCCUAAAGGGUUCGCCUAUAUCGAGUUUGCAGACAAGGAGUCGGUGCGGACGGCCAUGGCCCUGGACGAGUCGCUGUUCAGAGGACGGCAGAUAAAAGUGGGCGCCAAGAGGACCAACAGACCAGGGAUCAGCACGACAGACCGCGGUUUCCCCCGCGCCCGCUUCCGCUCACGAGGAGGAAGCUUCUCGUCAUCACGGGCGCGCUACUACAGCGGCUACACACCCCCCCGGGGCCGGGGACGGGCCUUCAGGGGCCGAGGGCGAACAACAUCGUGGUUUCAGGACCAGUGGCGGCUGACUUCCCCUCCCCAGGUGGCGCAGCCCCCCCCCACUGUCUCCGCAGCGUCCCUCUCUCUCUCUGCUCCCGCUAUGCACACUCACCCCAUCCUGUCCGUGUGGGGGGGCGGGGGGCCGGGCGACCACAGGCCCAGCGCGGGGGGCAUUUACUACAACAGUAAACGCUGACGCAAGCGUCAAGUGUUGUUUUUUUUACCCUGCACACACACUCACCCCGCGCACACAAGAGGCAAACGCACCACACAUAGGGCAGGCGUGCACCACACGAGACUCUACACACCUCACACCACGCCCUCACGGGGAGGGGGCCACGCCCAUCGGGGGGGCGAGCGGGUGCGAGCAGGAGCGAGACCAGAGAUUGGGGCGUUUUUCUUAAUUUGGUUUGUUGGCGUGGAUGUAGGAUUUAGGGAGCCACCUUUCUCUGACAAUGCGCAGUGCAGCCACGGCCUGUCUGGGGAAGGCAGAGUGAGUUAAUUUAAUAAGGGGCGGAGGCGGAGCUUGUUUCGGCAGGGCGGGGCUAAAUGUGGAGCGGUUAUGGGAGCCGUUUUUGACAAAAGGAGUGGGUUUGAAAAAAGUUUUGCUUUUUUUUUUUUUAACCCAUGAGACUGUAAUUAGAAAAAAAUAAAAUAAAGACAUUGUGUAAAAAUAAUCCUGUGUUUUAUUUUUGUCUGCACGUUUUCUAUACUAAUGUAGAACUACAAGGAGGAGCCGGCCCGGUGGGUCGGGACUCAUUUAAUUCCAUGUGGGUUCAUCUCGGGAUGCAUUCCGAAGAGCGCCUACAAUUUCAUGCAGUUCAAAAUGUUCCAUGUGGAUUGAAGUCGGCCAGUGCAAAAAUAUUUGGAUCUCCCAUUACAGGGCCCUUUGUAAUAAAAGUACCGUCAGUUCAACGAAAUGAGAUUUUGGACCCAUUAAGUGCUUUAAUUUGGUCAACUAUUUGCUUUGCAAAACCAGCUAGUCAAAAGAUUGAGCAUGUGAUUCAUCCUUGUUUCGCUGCCAGAAAACUUGCAGUAAUACUGUCAGACUAACAGUUUAUUCUUCAAGCUGUAUGUUUUGGCUGCACAUGAAUUGGAAACGAUAAUUGCUGGAACGGGUUUAUUGAGAGGGAUAUCAAAAUCACAUGACAGAUUUAAAAACAACGCUGUAAAGACUUUCAAGAGGACAUCUUGGAUAGAUUUCUGUCCUACUUGUAUUUCUUGAAAGCUGCAGAAGAGAAUGGAGGGUUGGUUCAGAACAGGCCGUAUUUCAAACACAUUGGGGUAAGGAUAAUUAUGCAGGGUUAAAUAAUUAUUUUUCUCUAUUGAAUCGCAAUUCUUACCUCUCUUCUUGGUUUUCUUUUUCAUCAUUUGUUUCUUGGGACGUGGGGAAUCGUCGUCCUGCAAGGACAACAUAACCAAACAUGAGACGGGGACCGCCAUCGGAGGCAUCUCCCACACCCCGUGACCCCCUCCCCCCCCGCUCCAGUGCA